AUGGAUAUGGAGGUAGGACAGGAUAGAACUGGUUCAGUUCAUGCUGCUGGAACUGACCAAGUAUCUUGUGAUUCCCUGGUAACUCUGAUAGAGAACAGGAUGGAAGUGACUGAGUUCAUCCUGCUGGGGUUGACCAGUAACCCAGACCUGCAGGUCCCCCUCUUCAUCACCUUCCUCAUCAUCUACAUCAUCACGCUGUAUGAUGGGGAUGGUCCUCCCACGCUGGUUGGGAACCUGGGGAUGGUCCUCCUGAUCCUCUUGGACUCUCAUCUCCACACCCCCAUGUACUUCUUCCUUGGUAAUCUCUCUCUGGUGGACUUUUGGUACUCUUCCGCUGUCACUCCAAAGGUCAUGGCUGGGCUCCUCAUGGGAGACAAGUUGAUCUCCCACAAUGCUUGUGCUGCUCAGAUGUUUUGCUUCGCUGCCUUUCCUGGUGUGCAGAAUUACCUGUUGGCCAUAAUGGCCUAUGAUCACUAUGCAGCAGUGUGUAAGCCCCUCCAUUAUACCACCACCAUGACAACCAGUGUGUGUGCGUAUCUGGUCAUAGGAUCUUAUGUGACUGGUUUCUUGAAUGCCUCCAUCCACGUGGCAGACACAUUCAGUCUGCCCUUCUGUAAGUCCAAUGUGGUCCAUCACUUUUUCUGUGAUAUCCCGGCAGUCAUGGUUCUCUCUUGCUCUCAUAGGCAUGUUAGUGAGCUGGUUCUUAUGUAUUUAGGGGCCUUCCAUAUCUCUUUUUCCCUCCUGGUUAACUGGAUAUCCUAUAUAUUCAUUUUUAUCACCAUCUUAAAGAUGCACUCGGGUGCCGGGCAUCAGAAAGCUGUAUCUACUUGUGCUUCUCACUUCACAGUGGUCUUCAUUUUCUAUGGGACUGCUAUCUUCAUGUACUUACAGCCCAGUGCCAGUCAUUCCAUGGACACUGACAAAAUCACAUCUGUGUUUUAUAGUGUGUUCAUCCCCAUGCUGAACCCUGUGGUCUACAGCCUGAGGAACAAGGAGGUCAAGAAUGCACAGACACAAUUCUAUGAUGUACAUCAGUCCAUUUUAUUAUUUCUCAAUCAAAGGUAA